AUGUCGUCUAACAAUGGUACGAAGUAUAUGGAAAACAAAUAUUCUAAAUCACAUCACAAUAAAUUAGACAAAUUCAUACAAAACUGUCAAGAUGGUAUUGUGACAUUACCAGAACGUCAAUUUAAUUGUCCAUCAUGCAUUAACUUUGAAAGCUCCUCUUGCCAAAUUCCUUCGUGGGUUAAAUAUCCACGUGAAGAUAUAAAAUGUUUCAAUUGCCCACCGAAAUAUUUGUAUUUUGAUGAAAGUUCUUAUCACUUUGUCACUAAACAUCAAUGA